AUGUUGCCGAGGACCCGUCUUAACGAACCCAGCGGCAAAGAGGAUAUUCUUCCUCCUUCCGAGGGGCAGAUUGAAGCCCUUGGGAUCAACAACUGGCGUGAUCUUGAGAGGCAGGUCGUCAAGCGCCUUAUACAAGCUGGCCUCAGUAGCCUGAACGAGGAUCUCAGUCUCGAAGGGUACCAAUAUGGCACUGCCGUGUCAGUCCUCAGCGUCGGAUACUUCCUCGGUCAAAUCUCGUCCACUAUGAUCAUUGGAAAAGUGCGACCUAGUGUGUAUCUUUGUUGGAUGGCCUUGGUCCGGUCUAAAGUCUCGGUCGCAACCUGUGGUGUCAAGGACUACCAGGGUCUCAUCGCCGUCAGAUUCUUCCUUGGUGCGGUCGAAGCACCACCAUUCCCUGGUAGAAGUUUCCUAUAG